AUGGGAGAAUUAGAUGGAGCUACCUUUCAUGCUGUGGAAAUUAUGCAAGCUGUAAAAAUAGGUAAGACGGUAGGAUCUGAUGAAAUGAAGAUGUCGAGCGCAGUAAAGAUGAAGCACAACUUGAAGUUGAAUCCAGCAAAAUGUGCAUUUGGAGUUCCCGCUGGAAAAUUAUUGGGAUUCAUUGUUAGUAGAAAAGGUAUAGAGUUGGAUCCUUCAAAAAUCAAGGCAAUCCAAGACUUGCCUCCCCCGAAGAGCAAGAAAGACAAAGAUGUUGCCACAGAAUUGAUAGAAGAGUGUCAGAAGGCCUUCGACAGAAUCAAGGAGUUCUUGUCCAAUCUGCCCGUAUUGGUCCCGCCAGAACCAGAAAAACUGCUAUUGCUCUACUUGUCUGUUCACAGAGAUUUCAUUCGAGUUUCCCAAAACGAGCUCAAUGUUAUGGGUUCCCCUUGGUCAUUUACCUCUUGGGGCAUAGAUGUGAUCGGACCUAUCGAACCCCCUACAUCAAAUGGACAUCGUUCCAUCUUGGUGGCUAUCGAUUAUUUCACCAAAUGGGUCGAAGCUUCAACGUACAAGGCAGUAACAAAGAAGGUGGCAGCAGAUUUUGUUCGCAACAAUAUAGUCUGCCGAUUUGGGAUUCCAGAGUCAAUUGUCACAGAUAAUGCAACCAAUCUCAAUAGCGAUCUUAUGAGAGAGACUUGUGAAAAAUUUAGGAUUGCUCACCGAAAUUCCACAUCUUAUCGACCGCAGAUGAAUGGAGCUGUCAAGGCAGCAAAUAAGAACAUCAAGAAGAUCCUGAGGAAGAUAACAGACAGUCAAAGGCAGUGGCAUGCAAAGUUGCCAUAUGCUUUGCUUGGUUACCGUACGACGGCUAGAACAUCUACAAGAGCAACUCCCCAUAUGUUGGUCUAUGGUUCAGAAGCUGUGGUACCCGCAGAAGUAGAGAUACCUUCUUUAAGGAUUACCCAAGAUGUUGUUUUAGACGAUGCAAAAUAG